AUGUCGUCCCCCGAGCAUUCUGAACUUGAUCAGGCCGACAAGGGCAGUCAAACAUCGCCCCCUCCAACUACUAAAUCGGGACAACCCCGUAUUCCCUCGCUUCUUCCACUUCAAUUCAACUGGGGGGGACUAAAUCUAUCAGAUCGCAUCGACGAUGGACCCAUGUGUGAUGAAAUUGAACGGCUUCACGAGAGAGCCAUAAAGGCAGAAAGGGACGCUGAUGCAUCCCAAAAAGCUCGAAUUCUUGCAGAGGAGCAGUCUCGCCGACGGGCCGAACUACUUGAUGAAGCUCUCCGUGACGCAAAAGAAGCUAGAAAGGAGAACCGCAUCCUAACGACCACCGUCGCUCGCUUACAAGCUGGAAUGGAGUCCUUCACCGACGAAGAAGCCAGACGCGAAAUGUGCUUACUCUAUCACGAUCUUGACACUUGGAGACUCAACCAUUUUGGGGGUCAGUCAAGAUUCAAGUCCGCGAGCAGUGAUGUUCGGGAGUUAGACAUCAUCCAGUCGGACGUUGCAGGGAUGAUCUUUAGAUCAUUUUGGAAUGGAUUUUCAGUUGGUUGUCCGCCUGCUUUGGGUAGCUAUCUUGUGAAGAUCAACAGCGAGAUCAAAGAAAAAAAAGUGCUCCCCCAUAUUGCUCAUCAUUGGCGAUGUGCAAUGAGCACUGCCAUCAUGUCAUUAGAAACCGCCAAUUUAACCAACCGGUGUGAUUGGAUCAUCGAACAGGUGGAGAGAUCCUUCGGCCGCUAUGCUGCCACUGACAGGUCAAAGCGCACGCAGCAACUAUUCGAUAUUGCUAUCCGCUGCGUCAAGCUCAAACAUAAAUUAGAUUGCCAGGAAGACACGUACGCCUUCUGGUGUAGUCACCACAAAAUGCAGUUCCGAGAGGAGCGAAUGCGUGACGUCGCAGAGGAGGGAACUUCAGAUGGAUUUGUUGAAGUAAGCUUAUGGCCGUGUUUAUACAAAAUAUUGCGAAACAGUACAUGGGUGGUCAUUGAAAAGGAAGUUGUGAAGAAGAUUCCACCAGUUGUUCCCAUGGAUGAAUUUGUGGCCACAGAAGACUUCCACGAUAGUGAGGACCUGCUUGAGCUAUAA